AUGCCUCAACUGGAUCAAUUUACUUAUUUCACACAAUUCUUCUGGUCAUGCCUCUUCUUCUUUACUUUCUAUAUUCUAAUAUGCAAUGAUAGAGAUGGAGUACUUGGGAUCAGCAGAAUUCUAAAACUACGAAAUAAACUGCUUUCACACCGGGGGAACAACAUCCAAAGCAAGGACCCCAAGAGUUUGGAAGAUAUCUUGAGAAAGGGGUUUAGCACAGGUGUAUCCUAUAUGUACUCUAGUUUAUUCGAAGUAUCCCAAUGGUGUAAGGCCGCCGACUUAUUUGGAAAAAGGAAGAAAAUAUCUUUGAUCCCUUGUUUCGGAGAAAUAAGUGGCUCACGAGGAAUGGAAAGAAACAUUUUCUAUUUGAUCUCGAAGUCUUCAUAUAGCACUUCUUCCAAUCCUGGAUGGGUGAUCACUUGUAAGAAUGACAUAAUGCUAAUCCAUGGUCUACACGGCCAAGGAAGUUUGAAAAUAUGAACGGGAUUUUCUCCAUUCUCUCAUUCAUUUUUUGAAUGGGGUUGGAGUAUACUCCCUUAUGUAG